AUGAACGCAUCGCAGACCUCGUCUCGUGCCCUUCAAACCUUACGAACUCUACCCGUGAAUGUCUGUAGAGGAUCUAGACACGUCCACACGCUUCCACCACUGCAGACCCUCGUUUCGACUUCGUCGCCCGAGUUUGUCGAGCGCGCAAAUGCCAUGAAUGGGCUCGUCAGUGAAUUAAAGAAGGACCUGGCUGCUAUACGUGAAGGAGGUGGACCAAAAGCGCAGGCGAGAAUGAAGAGCAAGGGCAAGCUACUGCCGCGAGAAAGAUUGGCACAGCUACUUGAUCCGGCGUCGCCAUUCUUGGAGCUGUCGCCGUUAGCAGCACACAAUGUGUACCGGGAUGCGGACGUUCCUGGAGCGGGUAUCAUCACAGGAAUUGGAAGAGUUGCCGGUCGAGAGUGCAUGAUAGUCGUCAAUGACGCGACCGUCAAGGGCGGGAGCUACUAUCCGUUGACGGCGAGUUAUUCAGACCAAAGCGCUGUGAAGAAACACAUCCGAGCUCAAGAAAUCGCAAAGGAGAACAAGCUCCCGUGCAUAUACCUAGUCGAAAGCGGAGGGGCUGCGCUUCCACAUCAGGCAGAGGUCUUCCCGGAUGCUCAACAUUUUGGACGCAUAUUCUACAAUAUGGCACAACUGUCCUCUCAGGGUAUUCCUCAAAUUUCCGUUGUUCAUGGUAUUUCCGUUGCAGGAGGAGCCUACACAUCUGCCAUGGCAGAUGAGAACGUCAUUGUACGGAACCAAGGUCGAAUCUUUCUCGCGGGUCCACCACUUGUCAAGGCGGCUACGGGUGAAGAGGUCGGAGAAGAAGAGCUCGGUGGGGGUGACAUGCACUCCAGUGUCAGUGGAGUUACGGAUCACCUCGCCAGGGACGAUGCACAUGCUAUUGCCAUUGCCCGUGGGAUCGUUGGAGAUCUAGGAGCGGCAGCGGGCGGGCGAAUAGCGCUACCGGCAGCUGAAGAUGCAGAACCACCACUAUACAGCUCAAGUGAGCUUGGAGGAAUUGUCGGCACCGACGUACGACAACCCUUUGACAUGCGGGAGGUUAUCGCCCGUAUUGUCGACGGAAGCAAGUUCAGAGAGUUCAAAAAGGAGUAUGGCACGACUGUCGUCACAGGUUUCGCAAGUAUACAUGGGCACCCCGUUGGGGUCAUCGGAAACAACGGGAUCCUGUUCUCCCCAUCAGCACUCAAGGCGGCACACUUCAUCGAACUAUGUUCACAGAGACGCAUUCCUCUUCUUUUCCUGGUGAAUGUCACAGGUUACAUGGUUGGUUCCAAGGCCGAACGAGGAGGUAUCGCAAAAGACGGCGCGAAGAUGGUUCGAGCAGUAGCGUGUGCAAAUGUGCCCAAAUUCACCGUUGUCGUCGGUGGAAGUUUUGGCGCUGGCAAUUACGGGAUGUGCGGACGAGCGUACUCUCCACGCUUCAUGUGGCUGUGGCCGAACGCAAAGAUUUCUGUCAUGGGUGGUUCUCAGCUCUCUCAAGUAAUGAGCUCUGUCUCCAAAGAUCCCGCGCAGCACGCCACGCUUGAGAAGGAGAUUGAAGAGCAAGCAAGUGCACGAUAUGGAUCUGCGAGACUGUGGGAUGAUGGAAUUAUCAUGCCCGAAGAUACUCGCGACGUUGUCGGGCUAGGUUUGGCUCUGGCGGCUCGAGAGACUGCAGGAACCUCGCAAACGCAUUCAUCAGGAUGGGACGGCUCAUCUUUCGGAGUGUUCAGGAUGUAG